AGAGUGAAAGCUAAAAAACCGUCAUCCUCUUGGCUUUGCUUUUGCUUUCCCUCUCUAGCCUUUAAGCUGAGGUUAGCUUUUAUUUCAUCACAAUUACAAAAACCCCUUCUUUUGUUGUGAAGUCCACUUCUUUUCUUGUUUAUUCUCCUUUUUUUUUUUUUUUUUUUUGUGUUCUUCAGCUCAGGGUAUGAAUUUCUGAGCUUAUUUUUUUUCAUGGUCAACUUAGUAGUCAAGAUAUUGAAUUUUCAAGGAAUUGUCUUGUUUUUUGUCUGAUAAGAAGAAGUUUGAUGGUUUCAUGAUUACAGCAAUCUGGAGUAGCAGUUUUUUGUCUUUGGUUUGAGAAGAUUAAAAUGUUGGGUUCUUGAUGACCACUUCAAUGGUCUUAAGCAACAACCUUAGCUUUAACACUAACACUAACCAAACCCAAAACCCACCUAGGAACAGGAAUUCAUUAACCAAAUCAUACAGAUUGCUACUCCAAUUCGGUAAUAAGAGCCGGGGAUUUUGUGGGGUCGUUGCAAAUGCAAAGAAGAAAGGCGAAAAUCAUUCUAAGAGAAAGAGAGGCUGGUGGCAAAGGUUUUUUAUUGACGAAGAAGGGAAUUGGCUUGGAUUAGAGGAUGAUGAUAUGCUUGAUGCCGAGGCUGAAUUGUCUGAGAAUUCGAGUGAUGAGGAGUUGUCUGAGGGAGAGAAAUUUGAGGCUUGGAAGAGGAGAGCUGAGGCAAUUGUUGACUUGAGAGAAGCACAAGAAGAUAUAUUGAACGAGGAGAGUAGGAAGUGGGAGGACUGGAUUGUGGAUUAUGGUGAUAAUGGUCAUGAUGAUGAUAGUAAUGGUUCAUGGUGGAGUAAAGAGUUUGAUGGAAAUGGUGGAAUUGGAAAUGGGGGCUCAGUGGAGGAUGUGCGGUCGGAUCCUACUGACCUUGUACCUGAGAAAGGAUUUGUCGAGUCUGUUAGAGAUUUGGUUUUUGGUAGGGAAGAGGAGGAUUUGCUUUAUGAAGACCGCGUGUUCCGGUAUGCCUCAUUGAACUCGGCCAAAUUUUUGGCUGUAUUGAUAAUCAUACCCUGGGCCUUGGACUUUGCAGUUCAUGACUAUGUUCUCAUGCCCUUCUUAGACAGAUAUGUCAAGACUGUACCGCUUGCAGCACAGAUGCUUGAUGUGAGAAAAAAUCAAAAGCUUGAGAUGAUUAAGGAAAUAAAAUUGGAAAAAGCAAGAUUGAAGCUUGAGGUAGAGAUUGGUAAAUCUCCACCUCUCUCCGAUGAGGAGGAAUGGAGGGAGCUAAGGCAUAAAGCGUUAGAGUUACGAGAUGAGUGGAGGUUAGAAAACCGUAGAUCAUUUGCCAACAUAUGGUCAGAUAUGGUCUUUGGGGUCUCAAUAUUCGUUCUUUUGAACUUCAAUCAGAGUAAAGUAGCUUUGCUGAAAUUUACAGGUUAUAAAAUACUAAACAAUGUUUCAGAUACUGGGAAGGCAUUUCUAAUCAUACUUAUCACAGAUAUUUUUUUGGGGUAUCACUCUGAAUCUGGUUGGCAGACCUUGCUGGAGGUAAUCUUCGAGCACUAUGGACUUGAAGUUGACCAGUCUGCUAUCACCAUUUUUAUCUGCUUGGUACCUGUUGUCAUUGAUGCAUGUGUGAAGCUUUGGGUGUUCAAAUACCUACCAAGAUUAUCCCCGAAGGUGGCAAACAUAUUCCGCGAAAUGAAGCGUCACUAGCCGAAAUUUUUUGGUCUGAUCCAUGAAUCCUUACAUUUUUUCCUACCUCCCCAAUUUUUGUGGCAUAUAGUCCCUCACACAUGUAUUACAUUUUACUCAUAUAAAACAUAUUUAUUAUUAAUAUAUAUUUUUUAAUUUUUAA